AUGAUACGCUUAUACAUACUCCUUUGCCUCUUGCCAUGCCUCCUCCUAACCGCUCCGUUUACUCGUGCUGCUCUCUUGCCUCGCCUCAAGACUCCAUUCAAGCUACCAGGCGCCGUCUUCACUGAGCCAGAAACCAGAUCUCUCAAAGUAGUUCCGUUCAAAGAGCUUCCUGGGCAAUCUCACCAUGGCCAUCGACUUCAUCAUACUCUCAGUCUGGUGAAGCGACUGGUUGAAGACCAGGGCGAUAUGAUUGAGGUUACCGAGGAAGCUCUGGAGGAACUGCUGAGCCAGAUCAACAGGCUUCAUGAUCAAGUCAACGGCAUGAUGCCUUCUGGUGCACCAGACAAACAACCUUCUCGGGAAACAAGCGCCUCGUCGAACGGUCAGCCGGGCCAGUUGCCUGCAGGUUCUUCUGAUGGAUCUUCCAGUGACGGUCAACCCGAACAGCUACCUAAGCAGUCAGCUGAAGCUGAAGUUCCUGACCCCGCAGAUAUUCCUGGCCCAUCUGAAGUUCCUCCAAUAGUCUCUGAGCCCUCUCUGCGAUCCGAGCUGCCCGUACCAACAGAUGAAGUUGAUACUGUUCGCGAGCCACAACCUCCGAAUGCGCCAGACCAACCAGACGUGCCUGGUCCAUCGCAGACAAAAGGACUUGAGAAGCAAUCAGACUCGGCAUUGGCCGCGGCAGCUGCAAAUCCCACUCAGGCAGCGAAUGACAAGUCUGCCAACCCCCCUGGCGAGGCUGAAGCUGAAGAGUUGCCUGGUGACGAUACAGCCGUGGCCUUGACCGAGCCCGCAGAUGUCUCUGAAAAUAAGGAGACUUUCCAGUCUGACGACUUGCCUAACAAUGCUGUUGCCCAGCCCACAGGCAAAGCUCAGGCUCCGACCGGAACACAAGUCAACACAGCAGAAGACGUCAGGCCCACUGAGGAGCCUCAAGAUGAAGACUCCAGUUCUGGUUCUAGCGACAACGAUACAGGAGAACCCAGUGCUGUACCCGGAGGUGCAUUCGUUGAGGGCCCUGAUGAUAUACUUCAGACACUUUCGAGCGAUGCGUCACCUGCGGAACAGACUGGCGAUCCAGCACCAAAGGAAACCCAUGAUGAAUGUAUUGAAGAUGAAGAAGUAAGUGGUCUACCCGUCACACGUCGAAACCCUAACUGCACUCCAGGUAAUAGGUCAUCCGCGAGCGACCCUGCGCAGGACGCUUCAGUAACCCCAUCUCUCGUCGCUACCGCAGAGACAGGCCCGGCUCAGAUAGCUGCUACAGCUUCUGAACUCGCAAGUCUAGAACCGACAAAAGGAGACUCUCCCGUGGCUACCAAAGUCGAAGUACCAGCCCCAGCGCUAGAAACGGAAGCCACAUUAGAGCGGAUAUCUCCGGGCCUAACAACCUUGGUGUUUACUUCCGUGACCACAAGAUCCUCAACUAUCAUGAUAACUACCACUCGCACGGAGAUCGUCAACGCGAACGAGCCCACUCGGUCUUUCAAGCCCCCUGGCCAUGUUUUCAAGGAGGAUGAAGAUGAAGACGCAGGUGCAACUUUCAACAAAGAUGGGAAGCUUGCUGCGGAGGAUAGUAAUGACAAAGAUACCCCGGACACACCCCUCCAAAAAACUCCCCUCGGCACCGAAGUCACAUCGGAGACUACAUCCCUCAGAACGACGACAAUGGCUAUGACAACGACAAUCAGUUUGAGUUACCGAAGCACCAUGCCGACUCCAGAAGCCACUCAGAAUUUUGUGCCCGACGCUUUGGUGCCAUCUGCUAUUAUACGUGGUAAUGGGACAUACGAUGCGACGCCUGCCAGCGGGUUCAAGACCAUCAGAUCGACAGCUAGUUUGGCAGAGAGGGCACUGAUUUAG